UAUUUUUAUCAAUCAAUCAAUCACAACUCACAAGUGAUGAAAGGAUAACAAUAAUUCAAAAAAAAAAAAACAUAUUUAUAUAAAGAAAAUACAUAGUAAAAUAAUACAUUAACGAAUUGAAAUUGUAUUCAUCCAUUCUUCUCAACAAUUACACAGUUUGUUUGGGCGAUGUACGGUGCCGAACACAUCCUAUGCCAUCCGAGGCACAUUCACAAAUCAAAUGGCUAUUAAAGAGACUCAUGGACACAAACAAAAGUUUGUGGAAGAAAUUGAUUACGAUGAAAUUGAGAAGCUUGAAAUUGUUGGCAAAGGAUCGUUUGGAGUUGUUUAUCGUGGACGAUGGCGUAACAACUAUGUAGCUGUCAAACACAUUGACACCGAAGCAGAGCGUAAAGCAUUUACAGUCGAAGUUCGACAGUUGUCUCGAGUCAACCAUCCUAAUAUUGUCAAACUAUAUGGUGCAUGUACAUCAAAUCCUGUAUGUUUAGUAAUGGAAUUUGCGGAAGGAGGAUCAUUAUACAAUGUAUUACAUUGUAAACCUGAACCUCAAUACAACUUGGGACAUGCUGUUAGUUGGACAUUACAGUGUGCAGAAGGUGUAGCAUAUCUUCACAGUAUGAAACCUAAACCAUUAAUUCACCGUGAUUUAAAACCACCAAAUUUACUAUUAGUGAAUGAAGGAAAAACAUUAAAAAUAUGUGAUUUUGGGACUGCUUGUGACAAAAAAACAUAUAUGACCAAUAAUAAAGGUAGUGCAGCUUGGAUGGCACCUGAAGUAUUCGAAGGUUCAAAUUAUACUGAAAAAUGUGAUAUAUAUAGCUGGGGUAUUAUUUUAUGGCAAGUUUUAACAAGACUGAAACCAUUUAAUGAAAUCGGAGGAUCUGCUUAUGGAAUUAUGUGGGCUGUACAUAAAGGAACCAGACCUCCAAUAUUUGAACAAUGCCCUCGACCGUUUCAGGAAUUGAUUACUGAGUGCUGGGAUCAAAAUCCAAAUGUUAGGCCAUCAAUAGAUCAUGUCGUUCAGGUUAUGAGGAUUUUAAUACAAUUUUGUUCUGGACAUGACCAACCAUUAAUGUAUCCCAAUUAUUGUUAUUCCAUUAGUAAUGAAUUUGAAGAAGACUGUACUUCUGAAGAUUCUUGCCCAGACAUUUCCGACUCCUAUAUUGAAAGCUUAAGAAGUCAUAAAGGAAUCAAUGGAAUGUUGACAAAUGAUAGUUUAAAAUCUAAUCCCAAUUUAUCAAUACCAUUAAAUGUUAAUGUAGAGAACAAGUUUGAUCAAUAUGAAGACUUAAAAAUAUUAACUAUGCCUGGAUUUGACAAAGUGGGAGCUUAUCAGACUGUUGACUCAACUGACCGCGAAGAUGAAUCAGAUUCACAGUGUCAAAGUCAACUAGAUGGUGUUUCUGGAACACAUCCCGAACUGGAUAAUUUGUACUUGAUGUUAGAUCAACAGUUGCAUCCAAUACCCCCAGAUACCACUUGUCCACAAUCAGUUCAAAUAUUUGAAGAACACAAACAGCUUGCUCAAGAAUAUUUAAAAGUGCAAACUGAAAGAGCAUAUUUAUCAAGACAUAUGGAGCAAUUGGCAGAGCGUUUAAGUCAGGAAGAAAUCUUGUGUGAUGAAGAAGUAGAUGAAGAUGAUGAAGAAAUUAAAAAACUCAAAAAUGAAAAAGAAAAUUUAACACAAUUAAGCCAGAACCUCAAAAAACAACUAGAAAUGAUACAUGUAAAAAAAAGUAACCAUUCAAAUGAAAAUGAACCAUCAUCAUAGUGAUCAUAAAUUGUUUUGUAUUUGACUAAGCAGCUUAAACCAAGGACAUUGAUAUAUUACUAUAACAAUAUAUCAGUGUAUGAAAAUAACAGUUAAUCAUCAAUAUACCAAAAAUACCGCCAGCUCUAUCAAACAUGCUAAAGACAAUAUAAUUAACAUGAUACUGUAUUUUAUUUUAUUUUGGUAACUUAUUGUAUAUGUAAUUGUUAAUAAUAAUUUAAUUUUAAUUUUUCAAAUUAUGGUAAAUUAAGGGGUUUUGGAGUUUUGUACCCCUUAGCCGCAUCCAGAUCUAGGAUACAUUUAUCUUUGUGGGAAACAAAAAUGUAUGAUACCGCUUAUAACAUGCAACCAGAAACAUUGUUGAAAAAAUGUGAAUCAUAGGUCUGGACGUUGCUUUACGGAAAAUGGAUGAAAAAUUAUAUUGUAUUAGUAAUAAAUAUAUUUUAUAAAAACAAUUGAGAUGAGUUGUAUCUUGUAUUUAUGUCAAAUUGACAUAUGUUGAACUUUUUCCCAUCAUAUUUCUAUAUACAUGUUCUUAAUUUUAUAUUAUAUCAACUUAAUAAUGUUAAUUUGAUAGUUAUAAAACAUGAUUUAUAUAGUUUAAUUAGUUAAUAUAAUUAUUUUUUUAUCUGGUUUAUUAUUAUGUAUCAUUGUGUUGAAUAUGUACAACAUUUUAUUUUUAUUAAUGUUUUUUGUAUAAAUGGUUAUUAAAUUUGUGCUCUAGUCCAACAAAAUUGCCAAAUUUUUGUUUAUGAAUUUUACAGUAUAAGAUUGUAUUUAGAAAUAUUUAAAUUGUAUUACAUACAUUUUAAGCUCAUUCAUAACAUUGAUAAAACAAUUAUUUUAUGUUAUUAUUUAUAUUUUAAUAUGUUUAAAAAAUAAUAACAAUAUUUGCUGUAAUUGCAUAAGAAACAUAAUAUGUAGCACUUUAAUAUACACUAUCUAUGUAUACUAAAAUGUAUGUUUGUUACCUAAUGACUAAAAAAUUACUGGAUUUUCAAUAAAAGUUAUAUCAAUUAAUACCUUGACACUUGGAGUCAAAAGAAAUCACCUAUUUUACUAUUUUUUUUUGUUUUCUAAAUCUAGAAUUCUCUAUCUAAUUCUGAUCUAAAAAAAAAAUCGGAGCAUUUUUACUACUCAAAAAAUUGAUGACAGAAAAAAACACACAUCACGUCAUUGUAAAAUCAAUCCAUUAUUUUCGCUCCGCUCAGAAUCUAAAACUGAAUAUAUGACAUUUUCACCAAAUGUUUAUAUAUUAGCAUCAUCAUAUAUACAAUGAGCACCUUUUUGGACAGUUUCGACAAAUCGACUAUUUUGAAUGUUUCCAAGUAAAAAUAAUUAAAUUAAAAUUAUUUUUUUAUUUCCUUUAUUAAAUAUAUGUAUGCUUGAGCAGAUAUUUGUCGUAUUGGCAAGAGUACUUUUAAAUAUUAAGUUAAAAUUAAAUUCCACUCAACCCUCCGCGCUCAUUCAAACCCCAUAAUUAAAAGUUUAUCCUCUGCCUCUAUUAUUCCUAGAAGGUUAAAAAGACAAUGGCCAAGAGAUCUGCUCAAUACCUAAUUAAAAAAAAAAAAAA